AUGAGCAGUGGGAGUUCACCUCAUUACAUGGCCAAUAGCUACUGUUCAGUGGGGGUGUUGAGGACCUCCAUGGGGGUCCUGCAACGACAACUGUACGAGGGAGGAGAGUAUGACAUUUUCAAGUACGCUCCCAUGUUUGAGAGCGACUUUAUCCAGGUCAGCAAGGAAGGAGAACUGAUUGACCUAGACAACCGCGUCCGAAGGGUGACUGUGGGCGUCGCAUCCACCAGCCCCCUCUUCCCACUACCUGACGUCAUGCUGCUGGCCCAAACAACGAAAGUCUGUGACGAGCAUGUCAGAUGCGCCGGGAUCACCAAGGGGAGAGGUUGCAAGCCCCUGAAGACCCUAGAGCUCACCAGGCUGCUUCCCUUAAAGUUUGUCAAGAUCUCCAUCCACAACCGUGAGAAACAGCAGCUGUGCCUGAAUCUUGCUACCGGCCGUACUUUCUAUCUGCAGCUGUGCCCCUCUUCCGAUGCACAAAAAGACCUCUUUUCCCAUUGGGAAAAGCUUGUCUAUAUCCUGAGACCACCGGUAGUCAGUUACAGCAGUACCCCGAUGCUCCAAACUGGAGAUGCAGCGACUACAGAGGAUGCCAAAAUCCUAACCACAGAGCUCCACAGAGAAAGGGAUCAGGAUGAGGCUGGGAUUCACAAGCUUCGUGACGUGACUGGACCCACAAAAAGAGAAAGUGGAUCCGGCGAGGCCAUUGCAGGUGCCCCCCAUGGAUCAACUGCAGCCGAGAAAAGCGCCGAAGGAUCAGCGGCAGGGAUGACCACCGGUCUGGCGGGAGCCACCAUCAAGGAUCCAGGAGAAAGCGGAUCUGGCAAGGCCAUUGCAGGUGACCCCCAUGGAUCAACUGCAGCCGUGACAAGUGCCAAAGGAUCAGCGGCAGGGUUGACCAUGGGCCUGGCGGGAGCCACCAUCAAGGAUCCAGGAGAAAGCGGAUCCGGCGAGGACAUUACAGGUGCUGCCAGUUUAUCCUUGCAGGACAUGAACCUGGUCUUGGCGGAUGAUGCCAGCACAUCCUCGACGGUGGGAGAUGGUCCAGAGAGCAGCAUGAGCAUGGUGUUGCCAGUUGCAGUCACAACCAGCAAGCGUGCUGCUGGAAGAGCUGAAGGGAAGGUCGCAGACCCCGUGGUCUCCACCUUGCAGACUGAAGGCUACAUGUCUGAACGGGAUGGAAGCCAGAAGGGCUUCCACCCCAGGGAUGAAGCCUGGAGAGAAAAAAAG